AUGGAGGUAGUAAACACAAAAACAUAUAAAAUAGUCAUGAAUGAUGACGAGCCGUUAAUUGAAAACGGCAUGGUCGUACUGCAAAACAUAACGACAAAUGAAUGCAUACUAGCGCCUAUGACCGAGGGUUUAAUAAACGAAUUUCAAAUACAGGUGUCUGAUACUAAGACAGAAAAUGAAGACAAAAUAUGGACUUGUGAAAACACCAUUUUCCUUAUAAGGAAAAUGGAAGAGAUUGAUAGAGAGUUUAACAAUGGAAUUAAACGAAAUGUAUGGUUAAAAGUGACUGCUGCAGUUGCAGAGAAAGUUCCUUUAAUAACACAGGCUCAAGUAAUAAAUAAAUGGAAAGCCCUUAAAAGAACGUACAAAAGCAUACUACUUAAUAAUAAUACAUCUGGACAAAGAAGGAGACAUUGGCAGUACUUUACAGUGAUGCAUAAUUUUUUGUUUAAUAAACCAGAUAUUGUACCGGUUGCUACAUGCAGCAGUAGAAUGGGAAUGGAAAUACCUGCUGGUGAAAAUGGUAUUAAUAAGGAAAAUCAGGAGCAACCAGGAACAUCAGGAUUAGAAACCAAUUAUUCAAGAAAAAGAAAACAAAAAGUUAACCAUUUGGAAACCCGGCAUAAAGAAAAAAUGCAGCGAAUGGAUAAAUUCAAUGAGUUAUUUGAAAAAAUGGUGGAGAAGAUGUAAUAGAUAUUCUUUGUUUUAGAAACAGUAUUAUUUUGUUAUUUAUGAG